GCGGCGGCCGCGGGCCUGCGUCGGCCACGCUCCCUGUGUUCCGGGAGGCCUGCGCGGUGCAGCUGUUGCCAUGGCUUCCGGAGCCCGCGGCGGGCGGCGGGCGGCCUCGCCAGGCGGCUGCUAGCUCGGGCGGCGAGGCGGCCCGGGAAGCGGAGGGACUGCGGUGCCGGCCCAGCAUCCUGCACUUUGACAGGUGCUCCGGUGAUUCCGAGGCCCACUAAGGUCGGAGGGCGACUGGUCGUUGAUGCAGGGGUCGCGAUAAAGUGCAAGAUUCUGCGGCCCAUGCGGGAAUGACUAUAAUUCUUGCCUUGCCGCGUAGCGUAAGGAUUCUGUGCCAUGUGUACCCGAAUCAGCUGGCACCAAAGGGUGUUCCACAGACGCAGAAACUGGGGAGCUGCCGGCCCUUUGGUGUGGAAGAAUGGCAGUGAGCCACUCCGUGAAGGAGCGGACCAUCUCCGAGAACAGCCUCAUUAUCCUGCUGCAGGGCCUCCAGGGCCAGGUGACCACCGUGGACUUGCGGGACGAGAGCGUGGCCCGCGGCCGCAUAGACAACGUCGAUGCCUUCAUGAACAUCCGCCUGGCCAACGUCACCUACACGGACCGCUGGGGCCACCAGGUCGAGCUGGACGACCUCUUCGUGACGGGCCGUAAUGUCCGUUAUGUCCACAUCCCCGAUGAUGUGAACAUCACGGCGACAAUUGAGCAGCAGCUGCAGGUCAUCCACCGGGUGCGCAACUUCGGCAGCAAGGGCCAAGGCCGGCGCGAAUUUCCCUCCAAAAAGUAUAAAUGAGCCUCUUCCCCAGCGAGCCCCUGUCCCCGCACAGGUUUCCCCAGAGUUCUACUGAGUCAACUGCCUGCUACCCUCCCUGUCCUGAGCCCGGAGAGAGAGUGAGCGGGGCCGGCCCAGAAACCGGUGUCUCCCACAGACACCCCCUGUCACAGCUGCCUUUCACCGGGUCCCAUCUCCUAGACUGUCUCUGGGAUCCUACUUACCUGUCCGUGGCCUUGAUCGUUUACGUCAGAAUCUGAUUUACUGAUUUAGGGACUCUGCCAAAUAGUCUUCAGCCCUCUCCCAGUGAGGAUUAUCAAGUGUACCCAGCGUGGGGCGCCUGGGUGGCUCAGUUGGUUGAGCGUCUGCCUUCAGCUCAGGUCAUGAUCCCUGGGGUCCUGGGAUCAAGCCUCACAUUGGGGCUCCCUGCUCAGCAGGGAGUCUGCUUCUCCCUCUCCCUCUGUGUACCCUUUCUCUCUGUCUCUCUCUCCGUCUUAAAUAAAUAAAAUCUUUAAACAAA